AUGUCGCAUCAGCGAGGCAGUGAAGAGGAUUCAUCCGGUUUCUCCAAAAGCCAGAAUCAGCCCUCUACAUCCUCUCCCCUCAAUACUGGUCUCAUUCCUCGAGAUUACCUAGGCGCGCGAACAGACAUCAUGACUGCGCGCCCGGGGCCUCCUGGAAGCCACCGUCUUCCGCCGUCACCUCUUCUCACCAAAGCACCUACACAGUACCCUCGGUCUGAAGGCUCGCCAGUCUCACAAAGCCCGCUUUCUCCCAAAUCGAGCUCGAGACAGUCCCCCGUCGACAAUCGCUCGCCUGGAUCCCGUCUAGCCAAUGCGACAUUUCCGGUGCCUCCCUCGAACGCUGCCCAUUCCAUGUCCCAGUCCUCUUCCGACACGACGAGCGCAGAUGAAGCGGAGAUGCUUUCCAGACGCGACGAAGGCAACGUUGUCAAACCAACCGGGGGAUUCGAGCCCGAUCGGCCUGCGUCAUCCCCUGCCAAUUCCGAUCUGUCGGCAUCCGGAGACCGUCCAACACCUCGCGCAAUGCCUCGUACAUCAUCUAUAGACUCUGCGAUCUCAUCCCUCUCCUCCGUGUCGCAGAAAUCCAACUUUGAUGCCAAGUCUAUAAGUCAGGCCGAUAUUAACAAUCUGGUCAGCGCGGCCGGCUCUGCGGAGGCGGUCAUUGUGCACUUGUUGAAGGAGAAGCACCAUGCAGCAUCUCAAAAUUCCCAGCUUUGGAAACUGGUCGACAAACAGCGGACCCUUAUACUGGGUUUGAACAAGGAUUUAGAUCGUGCAUUCAAAGAGAAGGAGAAAUACAAGAAAAAGCUCAAAGAUUUACAAGACGUGACUCCUCCUGUACCCCCUGUUGAUCCCUCGGUGUCGCAGACAUUCUUGGACGAUGCGGAACCCGUCACAAGCGAGCCUGCUUCAGUCCCUAGUCGCGAGUCUGAAAAACAAGGAGCACCGCAGCCUGCAUCGCUUCCUCCAAUUGCGACCUCGGGCCUGCCUCGUGGUAUGGGAUCCAAUCCUGGUUCCGCAGGCAGCUUCUCCUCUCCCACCAAUUCAGACCAGCGCAAGCUUCCUCAUCCGGUUCGCAAGCCCCCGCCGGCCCCCUUGAACUUACAACAGUUUGAUCAUGUCAGCGAGGACAUUGUGGACGCGGAUUCCGACUCCGACUACGGUGAUGAUGGUGAUGCAGAUGAAGAAUCAAGCCUGAGUCGUGGAAGGAGGAAAACACGCGAAGAGGAUGAUCGUGAUCGCGAGACCGCGCUGCAUCAAGAAACCGGGGCGCCUGGAUCUCACAAUGUACCCAGAUUUGACCCGUUGGACGGAGUGGCGAAUGCAAGUGCAUCCUACGGUGGUGGCUCAUCCGAGUUGCCUCGUGAGCUUGUGACACGAUCGCCACCAAAUGUUGGCGCUACUGGCUCUCUAGGCUCAAUGCUCAAUUCGCGGUCCAAUCUUCCCGGGUCAAAUAACCGGUCAAUUGCGUCGAUGCCCAAGAGCCCCGGACUACCGAUGAGCCCGAGACCGGAGGAUCGGCCUCUCGGAUCACCUCUUCCACGAAUGCCUCGUGAUCUUGCGACCCAGGCAGCCUUCGGUGGUAGUGGUCUUCCCACUUCCCCGAGAGCCGGAAACAAUCCAGGCGGCUUCUCAAACGCCUAUGGCCAAUCUACAAGCGGAAGAAAAAGUGAUCAGGUCCCCUCAAUUGAUCCCACUGUUAAGAUAGACAGCCCAAGAUCACCGCAAUUCCCCGAAACGACUAUCUAUCAAGGUCUAGUAUCGGAGGAGUAUCCCGGUCUCCUUCUAUCACCGAACGCUCUGCCUCUUGUACAAGUGCGGGUGUCUUCCUCCCGAUUGCGCCCCUCGAGACACAGCUACAUGGCCCUGAAGCCUCUGGAUGAAGAACCUGUCUUCACUUUGAGUGUGAUCUCGCGCUCCCAAAUGGCGGAGCUUUGGCGUGUCGAGAAGGUUAUUGGGUCAUUGCCCAGUUUGGACCAGCAAAUUCGGCAAUCAGCCACUCUCUCCGGUAGAUUGCCGGAUCGCAGCAUUUUCAGUGGUCACUCCCCAGCCAAGGUUGACGCGCGCCGCGCGGCGCUCAAUAUGUACUUUGAUAGCCUCCUUGACACCCCGUUGGACGAAAGAGCGGCACUAGUGCUUUGUCAAUUCCUCACAAACGAUGCUAUCGAGCCUCGGGACGACGAGACUAGUCUUUUGAAGGGCCCGGAAGGCUACCUCACCAAGCGCGGGAAGAAUUUCGGUGGCUGGAAAGCCCGCUAUUUUGUGCUUCAUGGGCCUGAGUUGAAGUACUUUGAGUCUCCUGGUGGGGCCCAUAUGGGGAACAUCAAGCUUCUCCAUGCGCAAAUCGGCAAGCAGUCUCAGAACGCGAAUUCGCCGCCAGCCUCCGAAGAAGAUUACGACAACCAAUAUCGGCACGCAUUCCUGAUCUUGGAGCCGAAGAAGAAGGACUCGUCGGCACAUGUUCGCCAUGUGCUGUGUGCAGAGAGCGACGAGGAGCGCGAUCAAUGGGUCGAUGCACUAAUGGAAUAUGUGGAGCCAUCUUCUUCAGAUGCCGAGAGCCGCGGCACAUCAUCCAGGACACAGCAGUCAGUCCAAUCCAGGUCGUCUGCGGCUGCUGCAAAGACGAAACGGUCCGACAGCGGAAGCAAACACACCGCUCGCGGCGUCGACAGUCCCGACCAUGAUGGUAGAAGUUCCGUGACGGGCAUACGCUUUGAUGAUACGGUCGCUGAAGAGCCUCCCAUUAUUGGAUCCUCUCUGGAGUUUGCAUCCCGGUCCCCGCGUAUUCCUCAAGCUUUGGCGAACGAAAUACGUGAGUAUCACCAGCACUCCAUUGACGCGGCCUCACAAUCCCCCAAGAUCAUCUCCGCGCCCACCAACGGAGCGGUCAUCCAAGACGCAGGGGCAUGGGGCAACAAACCAACAACAUCCACUACCUCCGUCAAGGAAAAGAAGCGCAGUAUCUGGGGGUUCCGCACCCGUUCCUCGUUUGACCUAGCUGGGCACACCAACGAUUCCUCUUCAACGCUAGUCGAAAGAAGGGAGAACGUGAAACCUGUCUUUGGCAUUCCCCUGGCGGAAGCCGUUCAAGACUGUGGCCCACACGGGGUGGAGGCGGAUCUUCCUGCUGUUGUCUACCGGUGCAUCGAAUAUCUGCACGCCAAGGAUGCGGCCUUGGAAGAAGGAAUUUUCCGGUUGAGCGGCUCGAAUGUGGUUAUCAAAGCAUUAAAGGAGCGUUUCAACAAUGAAGGAGACGUUGACUUCUUGACUGGAGAUCAAUAUUACGACGUUCACGCUGUCGCCUCUCUUUUCAAACAAUACCUGCGUGAACUUCCAACAACCGUGCUUACUCGGGAACUUCACCUGGAUUUCCUUCGAGUUCUAGAACUUGACGACAAGCAGAAGAAAUUGGCGGCUUUCAACUCCUUAGUGCAUCAACUGCCCAAGCCAAAUCUUUCUCUAUUGCGGGCACUUUCGCUGUUUUUGAUUGAAAUCGUCAACAACUCGGAUGUCAAUAAGAUGACGGUUCGAAAUGUUGGCAUUGUCUUCGCGCCAACUUUGAACAUUCCUGCGCCCGUCUUCUCAACGUUCUUGACCGACUUUGACAGCAUCUUCGGUGAUGCUGGGGUCACAUCAUCGGCCGUGGAGCUGAAAGUGGAAAACAGUCUAUCACCAGAUGAUAUCCGCUCACCCCGUCAUCAAAUGUUUUCCGAUAUACCUACCCCGUCGUACAACAAGACUGCUUUCCAUGGAAUAGACAGUGGCUCCGGCCCUGCGGUCAACAUUCGUAAUUACGACACCGGUUUCAUUCCAAUGCAGCCUUCCUAUGAACAACCACCGCACAAGAGCGAAACAUACAGCACCAUUCCCGGCGGCUCGAGUCAAUAUCAACCGAUGAAUGACAUGUUGAAUCCGACUUCGAACGAUUCCCGUUCCGCCAAAGCAAAGCGGCGAGAGAGCUCUAUGCUUUUCAUGGAAAGCACCCCUGAUGACUUCUCCUCUCCCCCCGGUCAGAUUUAA